AUGAAGCGGUGUUACUUAAUUCCUGACAGUUUUGAAUUGCUCUUAGUCGAGGACAUACUUAAAAUGAUCAAGCAUAUUCUUCCAUACUUUGUUAGUGGUACAGUAGUGAAUGGUUUUGGAAGAGGGUCUAAAGAAUUAGGGAUUCCAACUGCAAACUUCCCAUCAGAUGUAGUCAAGAAUUUACCCGACGAUUUAGAAACUGGUAUCUACUUCGGAUGGGCCAAAGUCAAUUCUGGACCUGUAUAUAAAAUGGUGAUGAGUGUAGGUUGGAAUCCAUUCUAUAAAAAUACAGAGAAGACAAUGGAAACUCACAUCAUACAUAAGUUCGAACAGGAUUUUUAUGGAUCCACAAUGAAGGUUUGCGUACUGGGUUACAUAAGACCUGAAAAGAAUUUUUCUUCUGUUGAUGAGCUAAUUGCUGAGAUUAAGGAGGACAUCGCAGUCGCUGAAGCUGAAUUAGACAAAGAAGAAUUUGCCAAAUAUAAGAAUAGUGAAUUUUUUUCGUCUUGAAGUGUCAUGACAUUGGUAUUAGACCUUUGAACUCGCCCUUUUUUUUUAUUACUUAGUAUCGUACUUAAAUUUAUUUUGUUGAAUAUUUGUAGUUUUAUUGUUAACUAAAAUUUACCUAGUUGUACAAAUUUUAAUUUACACAUGAACUAUGUGUUGGAUGAUUAUAAAAAUAUAUAUUUAUAUAUAGCUCUUUCAAUCACAAUGUGAUAUUAUGAUGUGUUUGUAUUUAAAUAAACAAUUUUAUUAAAU